ACCAUCGCCCGCCUCACGUCAGCUGCAUAGUUACGUCGUUUUGAUGAUUGUAAACAAAUGGCGGACAUUUACCCAGUUACCGCUGGUGCUAGUAGUAGCACGGUAGUAGAGCUAUGGUAUCCUGUUACCCUAGUUACGGUGUUAGCAUACAUAGGCAUAGUAACCAUAGACAAGAUUACGUUGUUGUACAUGUGAUUUUUCAUUUGCACGGGAAUCAUCAGCCGCGGCGUGAAGUUCCUCCAUUGUCAUCUGCCCAACGCAAACUGUGCAAGGACUCUGCUUGGUCAGUCGAGGAAGAUGAUGAAGUUAUCUUUGGGCGAGUCGAGGUUGGUCACUUUGCAAGUGACUAAGCUCAUGCAGCUAAUAAGAAAAAACCAGCAUGACAAGGUUGAGAAUCUCGUAGGUAAAGCCUUACCCAACAUUAUAAAUUUUGGAAGUCCAGAAACAGGAGAAACACCCCUUCACUGGGCUGCAAUAAACAACGACGACGAAUCGGCCAGUUUGUUGUUGCGACUCGGGGCAGAUACAAAUGUUGUUGAUACAAAGAUGAGAACUCCUGCUAUGAGAGCAGCGGAAUAUGGUCAUGUGCAAAUGCUUCUCAUCUUACUAGAAGCAGGGGCAGAAAUGAAUAUUAAAGAUUCUGAUGGAAGAACAAUCGUAUUCUACUGUCUGACAUCAACUAGGAGGCAUGUGGAGUGUCUGAAUAUAAUUCUAAGUUGGGGUGCUGAUCCAAAUGUUACUGAUGAGCAAGGGAGAUCGGCCUUAAUUAUGGCUGCUGAAGGUGGUCCAGACAUGGAAGAGGUGUGCCUUGCCAUGCUGCAGGCUGGUGCUAGCUUGCAAGUCACUGAUAAGACUGGGAAGACCCCUCUUCUUGCUGCAUGUAGCAGUAAGGCAGGAGCACUGCUACUCACCCUACUUGAACGAGGAGCCAACCCCAAUAAUGCAAACUAUAUGGGCAUCACACCAGCUCACUGGGCAGCAGAGGUUGGCUACUUGGAAGCACUCAUUUACCUGUCAGCAUACGGAGCAAAUUUCAAUAUACCGUGCAGCACAGGCGACACACCUCUACACAUGGCUGCAAGAAGUGGAUCAACAAAAAUAUGCAAGUUUCUGUCACUGAGAGGCUGUGAAGCAAAAACGAAAAACAAUGAUGGACUCGUGGCAAAAAUUCUCGCUAAAGAGAUGGGCUGGACGAGCACCUCCAAGGAGUUGCGGAGGGCUGAGAAGUUGCCGAGCAGAGUUCCGAGCCAAAAGAUGGUUGGAGCAACGUUUGGGGAGCCAGAGGCAGUACGUCUGUAUGACUGGUCCUGCACAUUUGCAGAGAAACUCGUCGAUGAAUUUCAGCUCCAAGAUUCAGAGAAGACAAAGCGGUUGCCUGCCGAUACAUUCUGGACAUGUUUGGAAGUUUUUGCGGCACCGGUUGAUGACACCGGAAAGGCGCGCAUCAGCGAUCUGCAUGACAAAAAUGGCGACGGGACUCUCAACUACGUCGAAUUUCUCAAGGGAACCUAUGUGCCAAAACAAUACAGGGCACACCUGAUAAACAAAGAGAAGAAGAAGAAGGGCACAAAGAAGGCUAAAGGAGCAAAGAAAGGACGAGCUAGUGGCAAGUCAAAACACAAUGCCAACACAGUACCAAUCUGUGUGAAUACUGAUAUGCCUCUGAUAGCUCAUGCUGGUGUGCCACAGAACAUGAUACCCAAAUACACACCAUUCAUCCAGGCUAGCAGAUUGGACAAUGAGACGUGGCCAGAAAAUCCAAUCCAGGAUGAUUCGAUGUGGUACGAGGAAAAACCACGGAAGACUUACAUAAGCCUGAGUGAGGCUGCAAGAGCAAAAGAUUUUGAGUCAAUGCUGGACGCAUUUGAAUGUAACCAUGCGACAGUUAACGUCCAGGAUAAAUACUACAGGACGCCUCUAAUUUCUGCAUGUGCUGAUGGGAAUAUUGAAGCAGCUGAGUUUCUCCUGCAACAUGGAGCCGAUGUGAAUGCGCUCGACAACUUAAAAUGGACUGCAUUGCACCAUGCUUGCUAUAGUGGAAGCUUUCCAAUUGUAAAGCUGUUGAUACAAUACGGAGCCAACGUUAAUUCACAGUCUCUUUAUGGUGCAACUCCACUGAUGAGAGCUAUACAGACGUCAAAGAUUGAUGUUAUCAACUUCCUUAUUCUCAAGGGAGCACAGUUGCACUACGAAAAUAAAAAAGGUCUCAUGGCUGUGGAUGUAGCCAGAGAAUGGGCUAUGCCAGACGUGGUGGCAUUCAUUGAGUCUCUGUGCAGUCCUGAACUGCUCAAUAAUGGCUCCAAGGGCAAAAGUGGGAAAAGCAAAGGUAAAGGAAAAAGCACAGCUAAUCCAAAGGGAGUUCAGCGAUCAAAAAGUACGCCAGCUAAAGAUGUAGUGCCUUCUGAACUGUCGGGGCCAGACUCGCUUGAAACAAAGAAGGCAUCCGGUCGUCAAGGUGACAGAAGAAAGAAGUCGGCAUCCGGGGCUACGUCUCCUCCGGUCCGGCGAGCGGCCAGCACACCACCGUCUAGACCUACCUCCACGCCGCUCUCUAGGCUAUCUGCCGCCCUCGACCGAUGUCAGGAGGACAUCACCUUCACGCUGCCGAGCCGGAUGAGGAACUAUCCCAAUCGUGCGUACACGACGGAGUGGCUGGAGGAGCGACGGAAGAGGUACGGUUCCGACGCCGUUGACUUCUCCACAAUUGAGCGAGGCUUCGAAGAAAAUGCCAAGAGGGUAUUUACGGAGAACGUGUCUGGGCGCACAUUGGACUCGCGUGGCACAGUAAAAUGAGCUGAAGAGUAGGCAUAGAUACACGCCAAGAAGGUGUUUACAGAGAAUGGUUCUGGACGCACGUUCGAUCCACAGGGCAUGAUGAAGAGAGCUGAAGAGAGGAUAUAGACACACGCCAAGAAUGUAUUUACAGAAAUCGUAAAUAAAUAUCGAAUGGCCGCAGAUUUGUAGACACACGUACCGUACCAUACAUACCGUGGUGUGCUGCUACCUGAAUGUGGUGGUGUUAAUGCCCAGGUGAUCAAUGCUCAUGCUGAGGUGGUGCUCACAGUGAUAUGGUAUUCAUGCUGAGUGUGUGUUCAUGCUGAGGAGGUGCUCAUAGUGAGAUGGUAUUCACACGGAGUUGGUUUGCAUGAUGCUAUAGUGUCCACGGUGACGGGGUGUUCAUGAUAAGAUGAUGUUCAUAGUGAGGUGGUGUUUAUGCUGAGGUGGUGUUCAUGCUAAGGUGGUGGUCAUAGCGAGACAGACCACGCAUUGGUGCUGUGUGCCUGCUGAAAUGUUGUUCAUUCUGAGUUGUUUUUGAUUUUAUGAUGGUGUAAAUACUCAGAUGGUCCUCGCAAUAAGAUGGUGGUCGUAGCACGACGCUGAUCUCUGGUGAAUGCUGUUCACUAACAUCGCGUUUACACUGAUAUGGUCUUCAUAGUGAAAUUUUAGUCAUACUAACAUGGCUUCAUAUAGUGUUGCACGUUAUGAUUGCCUACACUAAAGAGUAAAGACACGUAUGGCAUCUACAAUCAACUUUGUUGUUAUUACUGUUUUAAUCUUGUCAUAAAUUUAUUCGAUGUUCAGUAUUUCAUGUAAUAUGUUGUUGAUUGUGCUUGUUGGAAUCUUAUAUUGGAAUUUUAUAUAUAGCUGUAGUUACUAUAAAAUUUUGCAAUAUUUAUCACUGUACGAUUGAUUGGUAUUAGAUAACAAUUGAAUGAUAAUUUUGUAAUAUUGACAAAUAGACGAUUAUGUAGUAUUAGUUAACUAAUUAUUCAAUAAAAAGAUGUCUGAAAUAAAUUAUAUUGCGAAUUAUAAUAUUGCAAUAAUGAUCACA